AGCUGAAAUUGUUGUCCCCCUGAUCAGCGUAAGCCCUUCUUUUUCACUAAACCCUAUACAUCUUCAGCCACCCCUCUCUUCCAUUAACAGCCACUCGGAACCCUGCUCCGCCUCACGCUGCCGCCACCGCAAACGGUCUCAGCCUUCCGCCGUUACUCCCUCUCACACUCUCUUGCCUCUCAGAGCAAUCAGAAUCACUUAUCUUUGUUCGCUUUUUCUCAGAAACAGUGUACAGACCCUAACCCGCGCCGCUGGUGGGGUUUUGGCUAAUAAUUCAAAGCAAUGUUGCGAAGAAACAUUCGGUUGAGGAGGGAGUAUUUGUACAGAAAGAGUUUAGAAGGCAAGGAGCGUUUGCUUUAUGAGAAGAAGAGGAAGAUUAGAGAAGCCCUAGAAGAGGGAAAACCCUUUCCUACUGAACUCCGAAAUGAAGAGGCAGCACUUCGUAAAGAAAUUGAACUUGAGGAUGAACUCACAGCAGUCCCAAGGACACACAUUGAUGAUGAGUAUGCGAAUGCUUCAGAAGUUGAUCCUAAAAUUUUGAUAACUACAUCUCGGGAUCCAAGUGCACCUUUGACACAGUUUGCAAAGGAAUUAAAAAUUGUUUUUCCCAAUGCACAACGAAUGAAUCGUGGUGGUCAGGUUAUCUCAGAGAUUAUAGAGACAUGCCGUGCUCAUGAAUUUACAGAUGUUAUUUUAGUUCAUGAACAUCGUGGUGUGCCAGAUGGUUUAAUUAUCAGUCAUCUUCCAUUUGGUCCAACUGCAUAUUUUGGAUUGUUGAAUGUGGUUACAAGACAUGAAAUUAGGGAUAAGAAAGCUAUGGGAACGAUGCCCGAGGCCUAUCCGCACAUAAUUUUGAACAAUUUUACCACGAAGUUGGGUGAAAGGACGGCCAAUAUCUUAAAGCAUCUAUUUCCUGUGCCAAAGCCAGAUACCAAACGGGUGGUUACUUUUGCUAAUCAGUCUGACUAUAUCUCAUUCAGGCAUCAUAUUUAUGAGAAGCAUGGAGGUGCCAAAUCAAUCGAGCUGAAGGAGAUUGGUCCACGAUUUGAGUUGCGAUUAUACCAGAUAAAGUUAGGAACUGUGGACCAAACAGAAGCUCAAAAUGAAUGGGUGAUUAGACCAUACAUGAAAACAACGAAGAAACGUGAUUUCCUUGGUGCUUAAGAAACUGCUAAAAAAGCACAUUGUAAUCUAUCUUUUAUUGUUAUUAUUAUUAUAUUUUUUGUUUGCAUAAUCACAUUUUUAUUAAAGUUUAUAUUUUUUUCGGUUGGUAUGGGAUGCCAAAUUUUCUCUAGAUUAUUGAUAGACUUAGUCGAAUCUUUGUAUUAGAAAGGUAGGUUUGUUUUUAGCACAAUGAUUGUAGAAGUUUGAAGAGACGUGCACUUGAAAGUUUUUGCCGUAGGAAAUGUACAAAAUGGGAGGGUAAUUUU